AUGGCUCAACUCUCUAAAUAUACCUACCUGUUCGCGAUUUGUACCUGCUUUUCUUUCCUUGAUGCUUGGAACAUCGGUGCCAACGAUGUCGCCAAUUCCUUUUCCACGUCGGUCUCAUCCCGGUCGCUUACCAUGAAGCAAGCCAUGGCCAUCGCGGCGGUGAUGGAGUUUAGCGGAUCCUUGGCCGUCGGCUCUCGAGUCACAGACACUAUCCGUUUGAAGAUCGUCGACCCCAAGCUAUACGAGCAGGAACCGAGCGUUCUGCUUCUCGCUAUGACUUGCACCAUCAUAGCCUCGGCUAUUUUCCUGACUUUUGCGACGAGGCAGGGGCUCCCCGUCUCGACGACACAUUCGCUUGUUGGUGGUCUCGUCGGUGCUGCUACCGCUUCGGUUGGGAUCACAAAGGUCGACUGGUCUAUCAAUGGUGCUUCUCAAGUCUUUGCCGCAUGGUUCGUUGCGCCGGGCAUCUCGGGCUGCCUGGGCGCAGCCCUGUUUCUCUUUACCAAAUACUUUAUCCUUACGAAACACAAUGCUCCUCGCAAGGCGUUCUAUUCUAUUCCUGUGUACACCUUCAUCACGGUUGGCCUGUUAACCAUGCUUCUUGCCUGGAAGGGUGUGCAGACUAGAGUCGAUCUGACCACCGAGCAGGUUAUCAUGGCCGUGUUCAUCACAGGUGGAGGCGCCACCGCCCUAGAAGUUUUCUUUGUCCUCCCUUUUAUCUGGCGCAAGAUCAUGAUAGAGGAUUGGCAGCUCCGCUGGUGGGAUGUCUGGCAAGGGCCCUGGCUGUUGAAACGACCCCCUCCGCCACCCACGCCGCCUAAUAUCUCGAGGGGGAACGUCAAGAACUAUUAUCGUGGCCAUCUCACCCGUGACGAGUUGAACCAGAUCCGGCGGUCAGAGACGUUGAUGCAGUCGGUCCAGAAUUCGCCCAACUUGCCUUCGACCUUGGACAAGGACGACAACAACGACGAGAUACAGAUCCUUCCACCACCGGCGAUCAGUAUCACGGAGCCCCCACCAGUAGCCCGCGAAGAGGAACGAGAUGCGGCGGGAACGGUCAACGAUGAGUUGAUCCCUCCGAAGCCUCCGGGUCCUUGGUACACCGUCCACGUCCUUAUCUGGUACGUCAACCGAGUCCUGCUGCGCGGUCUGGAAAAGGACGUCGUCAUGAUGCAGAAGCGCAACGCCGUUCUGUCCUGGAACCUCGACGAUAUGCAUGCCCGCGCCGCGCACUACGACAACAGGGCAGAGUACAUGUACUCGGCGCUGCAGAUCCUCACAGCCGCGACGGCCAGCUUCAUCCACGGCGCCAACGACGUCAGCAACUCUAUCGGGCCGUUCACGUCGGCGUACCAUGUCUGGAGCACAGGAGAGAUCCCCAGCCAGGUGGGAGUACCGCUCUGGAUCCUGGCCAUGGGUGGUUGUGGUAUCGUGAUUGGGUUGUUGACGUACGGGUACCAUGUUAUGAGGAACAUGGGAAAUCGGCUGACGCUGAUAUCGCCGAGCCGCGGGUUCUGCAUGGAGCUCGCGAGCGCCAUGACGAUUCUCAUUGCAACGCGGCUGUCGUUGCCUGUGUCUACUACUCAAUGUAUUGCCGGCGCUCUGGUUGGCGUCGGACUUGCCAAUGGUGAUUGGCGAUGUAUCAAUCUGCGCCUGGUUGCGUGGAUAUAUGGCGGUUGGAUCAUCACACUGCCUUGUACGGCGUUUAUGAGCGGGUCUCUGAUGUCGCUGAUUAUCAAUGCCCCGAGAUGGGAUAAUAAUUAA